CUGACAGGACCUGAGUAUUCCUGCCAGGAAUUGUUUAAAUAUUUCGUGUCGGUCAGUUCGGCAGCAAAAAACUAGUUAUUCCAUAGAAGUGCCAACUUUUCAAAAUUCAGUUGGCUGUGAAAUUAUCACACGGGUUUCCCAAAUCGAGCACACUUCACAAGCACUCUCGUCACUCGCAACACAUCUCGUAUUUCGAUUUAUCCCAUCGCCAGAAGGUACUUAACCAAGUCCCGACUGCCAUUUCCACCAGAGACAGGUGCCAUUGCAAGUGCAAUCGAACAGGACGCCAAGCAUACAGGUCAGGUGACCACCAACCAAACGGACGAGCAGGCCGAUUCUGGCCUAGAAUUUGCCAUGGAGCGUCGCUUCUUGAAGAAUCCCUUCGCCGAUUUUGCUGGAGGCGAGAACACACCGUUCGCCAGCGAUGAAGAGCACAUUAAGAACCUGAUCUGCACCUACGUGGAUGCUAUUCUGGAGCACUGUCAUCCGAACAAUGAUGAGGAGGACAGUCGUGGCGAUCUAUAUGUGGGCAAUGCAGGCAUAGCCUUCAUGUUCUGGAAGUUGAACAGCUGCGACCAGACACGCGAUUUAUAUCCAGCCCUGGAUCACGCAGCUUCCUUCAUUCGGAACGCCAAGGCGAAUGCGAAGCGGUACAAGAAACGCUCCGCUGAGCGGUUCUCCUUCCUUUGCGGUAAUGCCGGCAUCUACGCCGUUUCGGCAGCCAUUUCGCAAGCGGUCAAAGACACCGAGGAGCUGUCCAAUGACCUUGCCAACUUCAAGUCGGGCAUCCCGUCCAGCAAGGAGUUUAUGCAUACCAAAUAUGGCUGUGACGAAGUUCUGGUGGGCCGUGCCGGCUAUCUAUCUGGCUGCUAUUGGUUGAAUGAUGUUCUGCCAGAAAAGAAGAUUACCGACGACGACCUGGUUUCCAUUUGUCAACUGAUCGUGACCAGUGGCCGUGAGUACAGCAAGUUAAACAAUUCGCCAUGUCCGCUAAUGUACCAGUACCAUGGUACGGAGUACCUAGGAGCAGCCCACGGCCUAUGUGCCAUUCUGCACAUGCUGCUGGACAGCCCGUGGUUCCGCACUGUUCCGAUUUCAGCGCCGGCCGCUGAAUUGCGUGACAUUAAGCGCUCUAUUGACUUCUUUCUGGAGCUACAGGACAGCGAUGGCAACUUUCCAGUGGCCCUGGAGGAUCUGCGUUCCGGCCGGGAUAAGCGUCUGGUACAUUGGUGCCACGGGGCCCCCGGUGCCGUAUAUGUGCUAGCCAAGGCUUAUCUGAUCUUCAAGGAGGAGAAGUACUUAGCCUCGCUACGUCGCUGUGCAGAUAUGGUUUGGAAAAAAGGAUUCCUGCGCAAGGGACCAGGAAUCUGCCAUGGUGUGGCUGGCAAUGGCUAUGUGUUCUUGCUGCUGUUCAGAUUGACCAACGAAAUGAAGUACCUGUACAGAGCGCAUAAGUUCAUGGAGCUGCUGACCAAUUCGGAGUUUAAGCUGCGCGCCAGGACACCAGAUCGUCCGCAUAGUCUGUACGAAGGCGUGGCCGGCACCGUAUGCUUCCUGGUCGAUCUACUCGAACCGGAGCAGGCCUACUUUCCGUUCAUGGAUGUUUUUCACUAGAUGGAAGGGGUCUGUGGAAUCAGCCCCAAAAAUGCUCAACACACGACUUUCAAAUCAGGGAGAGUUAUCAUAAUUUCUAGUCACUUGUUUGUCGAUUUUUCCGUUGUAGUUUUCUCAUUGUUGCCUUUGCGUUAAACCAGCGGACUGGGACGUUGGAGUGGAUGUUGGAGAUGGAGAUGGUGAUUAGUAGAUGCUACAUACUAGGACAAAGUGGAGCCCGUAUCCGAUCUCUAUGCGCACCGCAUGCAGGAAUGUUCUCAGUCAUUCUCAUAUCAAAAUUCUCUGUGCUUUACGCUAAGCAAUUAACUUAAAACAUUGAUACUUAUACACAGACAUAUUACAUAUACAUUAUAUUUAUAUACACUUUAUAUUAUAUAUAUAUAUAUAUUAUAUAUAUAUAUACAUACAUUAUAUAUAUACAUACUUGCGCUGACAUCUAUAUACAGACAAACAUAAUACUUAAAUGCAUAGUGUGCUUUAUACCUACGAGUAAUACACGAAGAGCUCUAAAUCUAUUGUCAAUGAGAAUCAAAUAAAUCAUUGUACUAUUUUAUACAGAUAUGUACAAUCCUGUGGCCAUACUCGAUCUACCCCUGCGGGGAUUGAUGGCUAUACGGGUGAAUACCGCA